AAAUGUGACAAUUUUAUAAAAGAAUCGUAUCGAUAAAACGACGAGCGACGCCCUCUAAUCGCAUUUUUCUCAUUCGGCUAGCUUCAGGUUGUUGUCUCUUUUGCGGCAAGUUGGAGUGAACUCUCGUUCUCGUUUUUCCAUUCACCGAUCUGAUAAUUAAGUGAAAUCCUCAGAAUGACCGAUUCCAAAUUGUUACCCCCCGUUAUGUGGGCUCAAAGGUCCGCUGUUGUAUUCCUAACUAUUAAUUUAGAAGACGUUCAGGACCCCGUAGUCAAAUUUACGAAUCAUUCGGUAUACUUCCACGGGACAGGAGGGCUAGAGAAAAAGGAAUACGAAGUAACAAUCAACCUUUACAAAGAAAUAGACCCCGAAAAAACCAAGAACUUCAACAGAGAAAGAUGCAUUGAAAUCCUUCUCGCAAAAGCUAAGCCAGAUGAACCUUAUUGGCCAUUCCUUACCUCAGACAAAAAGAAGCACCAUUGGUUGAAGUGCGACUUCAACAAGUGGCACGAUGAGGAUGAAUCAGGGGAUGAAGGCCUUGGAGGAAUGGGCGGUGGCGGCGGUGAUUUUGAGGAAAUGAUGAGACAAAUGGGAGGACUAGGAGGUGGUGAAGGCAAUGUGAAGCCAAAUUUCGAUGAUUUGGAUGCUGAUGAAGGGGGAGACUCUGACGACGAACCGAUCCCAGAUUUAGAGUAGAGUACGUGACCCAUAAGUAACGUUAAUGUUUUAACCCCCAUUUUCUUACUACUUUUUGUAUGAUUUUCUCAUCUAAGUUAUUCAAUAAAUCGUAAUCCAUUACGUAGUGGAGGCGCUCGCUGUGCUGUUUCGGAAAUGUCUUCGUGGUUCAAAUAAGGAAAGGUACAAAGAUUAGUUUUUUACUUUGUGGCAGUCAUAAUAUGUACAUAAAUAAUGCAAUGUUAUAGACAGUACAUGGUGUAUUUAACAGAUUGUUUUGGUUUUCCAUUUAAUCAACUUCAAUGAUACUGAUAAUACUGAAAUUUUUCGGAACAUUGCAUUAGGUUUGGCAUGAGAACAAUUCAAUUCGAUAGAAAAGUUUCGCUGGUGAAAGAUCGGCGUUACAUUUAUAUGUCGUGAUCGAAUUUCAAUUCAAUAAAGUAAUUGAUAUAAUGUAAGUUCUGAACCAAAUUUGUAAUUAAAAUGUGAGGAAAA